AUGUCUAACAUCUUGCUCAUCAUGAAAACUGGCGCGAGCGAGGCAUACGAAAAAGUCCCGACACAGCUAGUUACCACGUUGCGCUGUCAUGAUGACUUCCUUAUCUUCUCAGACAUGAAACAGAGCAUAGCCGGGGUCGACAUCCACGAUAGUCUGGAAACCAUGCUGCCGGAGGCUAUGGAGGGCAACCCUGACUUCGAUCUCUAUCGUCGACAGAAAGCCUGUGCCGUUGACCAGGAGAAGUGUAACAAGGAAGCCGAAGGCUCCUCUAGCUCGGAAGGCUGGAGUCUCGACAAGUACAAAAAUAUCCAUAUAGCGGAGAGAGUGUACGAUAUGCGCCCCGACUACGAUUGGUACAUUACGGUUGAUGCCGACACCUACGUGCUCUGGCCAAACCUCGUCCAGUUGCUUUCUACUCUUGACCCUUCGCAGAAACACUACAUCGGAAGUGUGACAAUGAUUGGAGACUUUCCUUUUGGUCAUGGCGGAAGCGGCUACAUCCUAUCCCAGGCAGCAAUGAAGGCUUUCGUGGAAGAGAAUCCUGGCGUGGCGAGCAAAUACGACGUACAAACUCAGAAGACAUGUUGUGGUGACUAUAUGUUUGCAAAAGCCCUCAAUGACACCACCGGUAUCAAGGUCCAGAAUGUGUGGCCCACUAUCAACGGCGAGAAACCUUUCACUCUCCCGUUUGGUCCAAGUGAGUGGUGUCAGCCCAUCGCGACGAUGCACCACAUGAACUCUGAGGAGAUAUCCACCUUUUGGGAGUUCGAAAAACGAUUCUACGAGUCCCAGGAGCCAACGUCGAAUCACACCCUACUUCUCAAAGAUAUCUACGAAGAGUUCUCAAGACCAAGGCUCGAGGCCAAACGCGAAGACUGGGACAACUUGAGCGAAGACGUUUAUUACCUCAACGCUAAAGCGAAUAAGUACGAAACGUGGCAAUUAGACCGCGCGAAGCAGGGCGACCUGUCUGACACUGAGGAGGACGCGCACAUGAGUUUUGAGCACUGUGCCAAGAUGUGCGACGAGGUUGAGGAAUGUUUCCAAUUCCGUUUCCAAGAUGGUAUCUGUUCGUACCAGAAAGGUUUCCUUCUCGGCCAUCCCAAGAAGAAAGACCCGAAAGAAGACGAAAGAUGGAUUAGUGGAUGGCCAGUGGAAAAGAUUAAGGCUUGGGUUCAAGAACACAGACAUUGCGACAAGCCUCUUUGGCCAACAUUUGACUAA